AUGGGUCAACGUAUGAUUCGUCGACAAGUUGAUGAAGGUUUGGAAUUAUAUGCUGAAAAAAAUUAUGAUGCUGCAAUUAAAAAAUGGACAAUAUCAUUACAAAAAAUGAAAGAUAAUCGUCUACGUUUUUCUACGUUGGGUUAUUUAGCAGCAGCAUCACGUGAUCGUGGACGUAAUAAAGAUUAUCUUGUUUAUGCUGUCCAACAAAUUGAUAUUGCACAUGAAAUUGAUGAUAAUAAUCUUCGUGCACAAGCUUAUUUAACUUUAUCACGUGCAAAUGAAAUGCUUGCUGAUUAUUUUAAAGCAGUGAGUUAUUCACGAUCAGCACUUCAAUAUUCAGCACCAACUGAAUCUGUACAAGGUUAUGCAUUACUUGUUAUGGCAGAUUCUUAUAUAGGUUUAUGUAAUUUUAAUAAAGUUCUUGAAUGUCUUGAUAAAGCAUUAUGUAUUUCACAUGAACAUGAAGAUCAUUUAAUGGAAAUUCAUGUCUUAAGUACAAUGGGUAAAGUUUUUCUUGCAUUAAAAGAUUUUCCAAAAGCACUUGCAUUUCAACGUCGUGCACAUGAAAUAUCCUUAUCAAAUGCUGCUUAUGCUGUGGAAGAAAAUGCAAAUGUUAGUUCAAAAUUUGUUCGUUUAACUAAAUUAAAAUUAGCAACACCAUUAAGAUUAAUGGGUGAUUUUGAUGGUGCAACGAAAUGUGUCGAAGAAGCAAUGAAAGCUGCAUCUAGUAUUGGUGAUCGACCUGUUCAAGCUAAGUGUCUUGUAUGUAUAGGUGACAUACAACGUUCGCAAAACAAUAAUGAGGUCGCAUGUAAAAAAUAUGAAGCUGCUAUUCCGAUGUUACAAGAUAUGAAUGAUCGAUAUAGUUAUACGCUUGCUAUGAUUGGUCUUGUUAAAGCUUUAUUGGAAUCGGACACACAAAAACAAACGGCAAUUGAAAUUCUUGCAACAGCAUUAUCAACAGCAACAUCUAUGGGUAAUAAAUUAAUGCAAGCAAGAUGUCAUCUAUUGAAUGAACGUAUACUUUCAUCUGAUAAUCGAUUAGAAGAAGCACGACAAGUAAAAGAAGCUGCUGAACGUCUAUAUCAAGAAGCUGAUCUUUUAUGUCCGAUUUGUCAAAAAGCAAUGGGUAUGCAAUCUGAUCAUAUUCAAAUUUUAACAUGCACACAUAUAUUUCAUCAACGAUGUAUUAAAGAUUUAUUACAAAAAUGGACACAUCAAGCCCAAGCAUGUCCUAAAUGUAAUAAGAAUGUUUUAUUCAGCCGAAGUUAUAUUGCAUUAGCUUGUACCUGA